AUGGCUACCACAAUCACUUCAACGAUUAAGCUUGCCAGCGGCUACGAGAUUCCCCGCUUGGGCUUUGGAGUCUACAAGACUCCUCCAGAAGAGACGGAGAGAUGCUGUCUCGAUGCUUUCAAGGCCGGCUAUCGCCAUAUCGACUCCGCGGCGGUGUACCGCAACGAAGAAGGCUGCGGAAAUGCCAUCCGCGCGUCUGGAAUCCCCCGAGGCCAGAUCUUCUUCACAUCCAAAGUCUUCGACAUCAGCUAUGAGGGUGCCAAGGCACAGGUCGAUAAGAGCUUGACUCUGUCCAAACUGGACUAUAUCGACCUGAUGCUCCUGCAUAAGCCAAUGGGCGGUUCCGAGAACCGCAAGGGUGCAUGGAAAGCCCUAGUCGAAGCCGUCGAAGCCGGCAAAGUCCGCUCAAUCGGCAUCAGCAACUACGGCGUCCAUCACCUCAACGAACUCGAGCGCCACAUCGCCGAGCUCGAAGCCGAGCGCGGCAAGGGUAAAGGCGGCAUCGUGAGUAUUCAACAAGUUGAACUCCAUCCAUGGCUACCGCGCAAGGAUAUCGUCGACUGGUGCACGCAACGCGGAAUCGCUGUUCAAGCUUACUGUCCGAUUGUCCGUGGUAAUCGCUGGGACGAGCCCGAGCUUCAGAAGUUGGUAAAAAAGUAUGGCAAGACGGAGGCCCAGGUGCUUAUUCGGUGGAGUUUGGACAAGGGGUUCAUUCCGUUGCCGAAGAGUGUUACUCCCUCGCGCAUUGUAGCUAAUGCCGAUGUGUUCGAUUUUAAGUUGACGGAUGAGGAGGUUAAGGGCCUGGAGACGGAUGAGUAUAGUCCUGUGGCUUGGGAUCCGACUGUUUCCAAGUUGGAAGAUUAA